AUGAUGCUAUCCACCGAGAAAGAUGAAGCAGAAGAAGUAGACGACCUGAACAACAGCACGGACGACCGCAUGUACGCCCGUCUCGCCUCUCUCGAAGUCGAUCGAUCCAUCUUACUCGAAGCGUUUUUGAUUUCCAAUUGGGGAAACCGAGAGGUGUUAAGAUUACCUGCGAACGCGGAAACGGUGAAAGAUAUCGAUUUCGCACGCGUGGACGUGCCGAAAAUGAUGAACAGUUGCGAGAAUGGGAUUCCGUUUGAUUUGAGCAUGUGCGGGAGCUCGUUUUACGGUGCGGGUUUGCCGUUGAAAGAGAGCAGAGGAGGAGGAGAAAAAGACGUGCCUUUCUCGAGCAAAGGCAACGAACAGGAGGAGGGGGAGAUGGAAGAGCCGAAGACGACGACGACGGCGACGAAACCGCCACCACCCGAAAAAAGAGGAACAGAGAGUACCAGUUGGAACGCGAAGAACGACAACGAUCAACAAAAUAAUGGAAUAAGGAGAGAUGAUGUCGGUAACGACGUCGCGAGAGACGACGAGGGGAAUAACAACGACGACGACGAUGAUAGCACCGCGGAGAACAUACAACAGUUGCGAGAAACUAUACAGAAAGAGUACGAGAAUAAAGCAGACUCACAAGAGGAACAGAAAUUGGACGAUUCGCCGUUGGUGAAGUCUAUGCGCGAACUUGGAGUUGGGUCACCCGCUGCAACCGCGUCGCCGAAAGUAGGGGGAGAGGACGCCGACGAAGGAGAAUUUCCGCGAGAACAAAAAUCGAAAGAAAAUCAGCAACCAGAGCAAGCAUCGACGUCGAGGACUUCGACAGAUAAGAGUAGCAACAAAGAAAAGUUCCAAAUCAUGGAAUUACUUUUAAAAUCGGCGCUGGAUGAUAUUGUUGAACCGACGUUUUCGGCGUUUUCCGAGUCUGAUUUUGCCGAGCUCGCGUUGGAGGUGUGGUUGUGUCGAACGCCGUCGUGGUCGAAUGAUGCCACAUCGGAAGUCAUUAAAGCUCUAGAUAUAGAUGAGGCAGUAGGGAAGACGAUUGCAAAUAUUGCGACGAAAUGCCAAGGGUACGCACCGAUGGAACCGGAACAGUCGGCGAGGACGCAUUUGAUGUCUAUGAGUUUAGGUAAUGUUCAUCGCGCGACGGACAUUUUGUGUCCAGAGAUUGACUUUUUUACAUCGAGAUCGAUUGCAAUUUGCGAGGUUUUGCGAGCGGCGAAGAAGAUAGAAGACGAGAACUCGACGCACGGGAAAACCAAUCCGUUUUUACCAGCAGGUGGAGGAGGAAAUGGACAGAACGACGACGGACAAAAGCCAGUAUCCAUGUCGCUCAUGCUGCAAGAACUCACGAGAUUCAUCUCCGAAUCGAGAGGAGAUGUUCGAGCGUUUUUUACUUCGCAGGAAGAUUGCGACCAAAUACUCGAAGCUAUCGAGCACGCGCUCGAUAACGUUGACAACGAAUCGCACGGGGCUAAGAUUUCAUCCGCGCAUCCGCCCUCCGUCGCGGCGCGAGCGUAUUACCAACUUUUCAAAACCGCACUCGAUCCUGUUGAAGAGAGAUCGCUCGCGUUCGAUUGCGAGGAUACUCUGAACAUUUUAAAGAGUACCGUUCGCGUCGGGUUAGGUCCGUCCAUCACGGAAGCUGCGCAUAGCGCGUUACUUGUGCUCUUCUUGACUAAAGUUGCCACGAGGACGAAUGAAGACGACGAUUUAGAUACGCUCGAUGUUGACGAAGAGUUUGAGAAGCGCGCAAGUAUUUUGACUCGAGCUGGUACAGAACUCGAGCGAGCGAUUUUCUGUCGCACGGACGGUUACGACUAUGUCGUCGUCUUCAAGAACGAUAAGAUAGCUGCGUCGACUUUGAUGAAAUUGGUGCGUUGGUGCGAAGCCGCAAUUAGCGAUUACAUCUUCGAUGUUUCUCCUCCAGCUGAUUUCAAGGUCACCGAGCACCCUCUGAACACGUACGAUACCGAAGCUUUCGCUGCGAUACUGCGUUUGUAUCGUUACGUAAUGAUUGCGCUUGGACAGAGCGACGAUGACUUUGAGCACGCUUUGAUGAGGGCGAGCACGGCGAGUGCGAAGAAAUGUUACGAACGCAUUCGCGUACAAGCCAUGGAAAAUGAAGUCUCCUCUGAAAAUUCGAACGAUACUUUGGCGCACAAUCCAGCUGCGGCUGCCGCUCGAGUUCUCGAAGUUAUCGCCUCGGAAGUUUCUAGAAUUGCCGACGAGUACGCCGCGCACGUCGCGCCACGCAUCAAAUCUUGUUUUUUUCCGUCCGAGUACGAAUCGUUCGCCGCGAAGUCAGAUAUUCAGAAAAGACAAGAACGAGCGGACGUGGUCUUCCCACGCGAGCUCGCAAAUUUAUUCGUCGAUGAAUUCACGUGGUGGUUAGAGUCCGAUCCGCCUUUAACGACGGUAAGUUUGCGAGCGUUGUGGGCGAGUGGCGACGCGCAAGCCGCAUUAAGCGUUUGCUGUGACGCGGACGCUUUAAGAAGACACCAAAGAACAUCUAAUAACAAUGAUGGUGUAGCGAUGAUCAGAGCAACCGAUGCUGAUGCGGAACCAAGCGCUACUAAUGCUGCGAGAGACCCGUAUGCGACCUUUCCUCAACUCAACGUAAAGGAAAAAGCCGCGCCGCUCAUUUUUAAAUGGAUCGGUACCAAAAUCGACGAUGCCAACAUUUUUGCCGAGCGCGCAGCGCAAUCUGAAAAAUGGACCAAUGACCGUCGGCAGAAAAAUCAUCCAGCGCAAAGCGCGGUUGAGUUACUCAGACUCGCCAACGAAACUUUAGAAGGGUUUUGGGGUUUGGGUAUUCCGUGUUCGGUCUCGGCGAUUCGCGCAUUAACCGAAGGCCUCGACGGCGCAUUUCAAAGGUACGCCAGCGAGCUCUUAAAAGACGUUGGAGAUGUGAAAGAUGGGGACGAGUUACCGGAGAAACCGCGCCUGACGAGAUAUAAAAAAGAUAUCGUCGACAAGAUGCAACAAGACGCUUUAGAAAGUAUUAAACGGCGUAAAUGGGUAUCAGAAAACGCGCAGUCGUUAGACGCGACAUCUCACUCAUACUGCGCCAAGUUAUCGGCUUUAGAUUUCAUAUUGGAUGAACUAGAGAACGGAUCCAUCGAGCGGGAUCUACCGAACAGAUGGAUUCGCAUGCAGCGCGAUUGCGUGGCGUUAACGAAUGGAUUAGUCGACGAGAACAACAACAUUAACGGCGAAGAAGAUGGUGACCACCAAGACGACUUUGAAGCCUCGAAAUGGCUCGAGGACGUUUUCGCCUCUGCGCGCCAAGCUCUGGCGUCGACUAUUGAUACGCUCUCGAAUUUACUCGCCGCUCGCAUCGUGUUUACGAACAUGAAGGAAAUCUUUCACGACGGUGCCUACGUCACGAAAGAUAAGAGUUUGUCGCGUUUAUCUGUAGUUGUCGUUCCAGCUUUAGACGAUUAUAUGGGAUCGAUUGUGUUUUCCAUAGGUCCCAGAGCCGCCGCGAGGUUGUUAGAAAUCGUCGCUUCGGCCAUGUUGCGCAAAUUUUGCGAGAUGUUCGUUCGAAUAACUUUAGACGGAGGCCCGGGAAGAGCCUUUGAAGUCGCCGACGCGAGAGCCUUUGUUUUAGCGGAUUUGGAAAGUAUACGUGAGACGUUCGAGGCGAAUGGCGAUGGUUUGAGGGAAGAAGACGUGAGAGUAGUGAUGAAAGAAGCCGAGCACAUCGCUGCAACCAUGGCCUCGGAAACCGAUCCGUUGAUUAAAGCAAUAGAAAAUAACGAAGGCGCGAAUCCCACGCAGCAGGAGAUUAUGUUUCGCGUCUUGUGUCAUCGAGCGGAACACGCGGCGUCGAAGUUUUUGAAAAUUAACGCUAAGUUGCCGAAGAAAUAG